AUGACGGAAGAAUUUGUAUUACAGGCGGGAGGCAAUCUCCCGAUGGAAAUAAAAAUGCUCAAAGGGCAACGGGACGCACUGCUAGAGCAGUUGCGCAAAUUUCGCGAAGAAUCUCCCCCCAGAUCGCCAUUUGAACCAUCUGAACUCGAAUGGCAUCAUUCUUUCGAUGACAAUGUUAGUGAUAGUCUUUCUGGCAGGCUGAAGGUAGAGAUGAGAAUUUGGAGUAGAAGAGAAGCAAAAGAUCUCUCUCAACUCAACGAUCUCCAGGGCAGUGACCGUGAGUGUUUUUUCAAAGAAGUAGCGAAAAUAGUCCUUCUGGAUGGACCGGACAAACAGGAAUUUCCAAAGGGUCUUCGGGGACAACCCAGAACAUUAAUAACUAUUCUUGAAGCUCUGCUUACCCAUCAUUUGUUCACGACUGUCUAUCCCGAUCCUUUCUUCUUCUUAGGUGAAGAAACAUCCCGAAUUCUCAACGAUAUCAUGUCGUUGGGCAACAUCUACACCUUAAAACUCAUUCAUCCAUUACGCAAGUCUCCAGAUGAAUUAUUGGUCAAAUCGGAAACAAAAAAGCUCUUGCGCAACGCUGCAAUCUCCGGAGCUACAAACUUUAUGCGGAGUCCCGCCAAAUAUAUCAUGAAAGGUCACCCGGAUGCACUACAGAAACUUGGGGAUCUGUAUAUGCAGGGCGCCGAGCAUUCUUACAGGAUUUGGGGUAGGGAACCAAUGAUAAAGCUUCUUGACGCCUCCAACUUCUUGGGCCAGCCAUUUGAUCUCCAGAAUCCCUACAUGAAAGUAGUCGACAGGGUCUACCAAAGUCCCGAUAUCAAUCCAAAUGGCCAGCCAAUAUCUAUGGUUUGCUCGCCUGCGAUCCUGAGGUAUGGGCUCGGCCUUGCAGAUAUAGGUUACUAUGAGAAGAGAUGGUGGCAUGAGUUCCACGAGUACCGACGUGCAGGUGUGUGGUUUCAUGUUCCUAAGCCCGGGGAUGCCGAUCAAGAUUUUGAGGAAAAGACUCUUCCUCCCCGACCAUCGAAAGACUUGGAGCCAGCAACUCUUCCUCCCAGAAGUGAUUUGAGCGCAGAAGCUCUAGGUGAAAGAAUGCUUAAGCGUUUCGACAGAGCGACUUUGCUUGACCUCGUCAAACCCUACCUAGACGAUUUCGCUGAACAGCUAAGACCUGUGCUAGAAGGGUUACGCGGGGAAAUAGCCCAACGAAUUGAAGAGCGCGACGAAAUGGAAAAGCAAAGAGACGAAUUCAGAAGCAAGUACGGCGAGGCUCUUCAAUCAAUAGAGCGCCUCAGAUCUGGGAUGUGA